GUGUGUGUCCCUCUCUUUAUCUGUGUCCGUCUUACCUCUGCCCCUUCCACCAACCCUCUCUUUCCUGUCUUUGUUUUUCCCUUAUAUAGGCAUAGCCUACAGUGCCCUGCCCAUGUAUCUGGGGGAACUGGCACCCUCAAACCUGAGGGGGACAUUAGGAACAAUGACAGAGGUUUUUGUCAUCACGGGAAUCUUUCUAGCACAGAUCUUCAGCCUCCAAGACAUUUUAGGGAAUACUGAAGGCUGGCCUGUGCUCCUGGCAGGAACUCUAUUUAUGCCCUUUUUCCCAGAGAGUCCCAGGUACACAUUGAUUCAGAAAGGCGAUGAAGACCAGGCCAGAAAAGCUCUGAGGAAACUGAGAGGCUGGGAGGAUGUGAAGAAUGAGAUGGAGGAGAUGCGCCUGGAGGCCCAGUCAGAGAAAGCAGAAGGUCGCCUGUCUGUGAUCAACCUCUUUACCUUCAAGCCCCUGAGGUGGCAGCUCAUUUCCAUCAUUGUCCUAAUGGCUGGCCAGCAGCUGUCCGGCAUCAAUGCGAUCAACUACUAUGCAGAUAUGAUUUAUGCCAAAGUGGGCGUGAAUCCCACGCAAUCGCAGUACGUGACCGUGGGCGUCGGCAUUCUCAACGUCGUGAUGACCUUGAUCUCAGCUUUCAUUGUGGAGAUCUUGGGGAGACGUAUCCUAGUGCUGGUCGACUGCGGAAUAUGUGGUUCAGCCUGCAUAGUGCUGACGAUGGCUCUCAUCUUCCAGAACAGGGUCCCACAGCUGUCUUAGCUCAGCAUCAUCUGUGUCUUCUCCUACAUCGCAGGCCACUCCACGGGGCCCAGUCCUAUUCCUUCAGUAGUAAGGACUGAAAUCUUCCUGCAAUCCUCCCGGCCAGCUGCGUUCAUGGUGGAUGGGACUUUCCAUUGGCUCACCAAUUUCAUUAUAGGACUGGUGUUUCCAUUCAUCCAGGAGGGCAUUGGUGCUUACAGCUUCCUCAUCUUCGCUGCAGUCUGCCUCCUCACUGCCAUCUACAUCUAUGUGGUUAUUCCAGAGACCAAGGGCCAAACAUUUGUGGAAAUCAACCGGGUUUUUGCCAAAAGAAAUAAGGUGGAAAUCCCAGAGAAGAAAAAAGACGAAACAACAGAUUUAGAUUCUUGCCCAUACCCAACUUCUGCCAAGGAAACAAUUUUUUAAUGGCUCCAACCAUCUGUGCAAGUCAUUGGCAACCUUUUCCUACCCUUCAGAGAAGAUCAUCGCAAUAGUGAGCCGCUCAUCUUUUCUCCUCACUGGUAGCCAAAAGGCACUUGGGUCUAUGUGCCAAGCACUGUGCAAAGCACUUUUUACAAAUAUUAUCUCAUUCGAUGCUCACAACUGCCAUGUAAGGUGAGCUCUUAUUGUCCCUAUUUUUCACUUGAAGAA